UAGUCCCUUCUCCAACGUGUGGAGUCAGCAAAACCUGGAGUGUCAUCAGCCCCCACCCCCAGGAAACAGGCCAGCAGCUCAUCCCUGCUUCCCACGGGGGCCAGGCCUCCUCUCCCAGGAGGGCCAAGCACAUACUUGCAAGGGCAAACUGCCCUUUUGGUUCUGUGCAUGCUUGCUGGGAAGUUCUUCCUAGUCUAACCUUAAUCCCUCUGGCUGCCUUAUCUACCACCCCAGGCCAUUCUUGGCAGCCCUGGAGGGCCAGGAACAGUUUUUGUAUUAUUUUUCCCUAAUUUGUACCGAGCACUUACCCACAGGCCAAGCACUGUUUAAGAACAUGACAUGUGUUAAUUCAUAAUCCUCAUAGCAAGUGUAUGAGGUAGGUACUGUUAUUACCCCUUUCUUGAUGAGGAAACUAAGGUACAGAGGGGCUAAGUAAUUUGCCUAAGAUCACACAGCUAGUGCUGGGGAGGGUGUUAGGGAGUCCUCAGGAUUUGAGUCCACUGGGGCCAGUUGGCUCGCUUCUGUGCUUUUAACCCUAGCCACAGCUGCUUCUGUGUUGGUCAGGGUUCCUGCACAGCCUGGGCUGGCCUGAGUUAGAAGUCAGGAAAAAAAGGAUGCACCCUGAGUGUUCUUCCUUCCUACUGAGUCUUCCAAUACCUGCCAGAAGUGCGGGGACCACUAUAACCCUAUUUCCCAGGACGGUGGCAUAGAGGUUCUAAGAUUUGCCAGUCUCAUAGCCAGCAAGUAGCAGAGUCGUAGCCCCUCGACACCCAGCUCUGCACACACUGAUUCUGAAGCAAGAUGGGAGAAGCUAUGUGAAACCCACUUGGACCUGGGCCUAGCAGAGAGGCAAGGAAGCUGCAAAGUAAGAACUGGGAGCUCCUGCACAAAGUGCCCUUCACGGUUCCAGGAGGAUUGUUUCCAUGCUGGGAGCAAGUUCAUUCUAUGCCAGGCUCUGGACUAAGCAUUUUCAGAUUCAACAAUUCUGAGUUUUUCACACAAGGCACAGACAGGCUAACUGUCCGAGGUCACUCAAGUAGUAAGUGAGGGAAAUGGGACUUGAACCCAGGCAGUCUGGCCAUGGCUGAGGCCCAGAGAGGAGUGGUGGAUAGCCCAGGGUCACACAGCCACAGCCCCAGAACUAGGAUCUGCUGGCUCCCUUCCAACUCAGGAAAAGCAAGAACAUCUGACUCCUAGCCAACUGGGGGCGGAGCAGGGGUGGAGCUAGGAAGACCCAGGUGGCCUCUCAGAACCAGAGCACAGGCGGUAGAGUGGCCUGGAGCAGCAUGAAGCAGAGCUGGGGAUCAGGGCUGCUCAUUCUGGGAGCAGUGGUCCUCACAGAGGCGUGUGGGCAGCGCGGCCCUGGCCCCCCUGAGCCUCAGGAGGGCAACACAGUGGCUGGCGAGUGGCCGUGGCAGGCCAGUGUGAGGAGGCAGGGGGUCCACGUCUGCAGUGGGUCCCUCGUGGCAGGCACCUGGGUCCUCACCGCCGCCCACUGCUUUGAAAAGGCAGCAAUGACAGAACUGAACUCCUGGUCAGUUGUCCUGGGUUCUCUGCAGCGUGAGGGGCUGAGCCCAGGGGCUGAAGAGGUGGGGGUGACUGCUCUGCAGUUGCCCAGGGCCUAUAACCACUACAGCCAGGGCUCAGACCUGGCCCUGCUGCAGCUUGCCCACCCCGUGGCCCACACACCCCUCUGCUUGCCCCAACCUGCCCAUCGCUUCCCCUUUGGGACCUCUUGCUGGGCCACUGGCUGGGAUCAGGACACCAGUGAUGCUCCCAGGACCCUACGGAAUCUGCGCCUGCGUUUAAUCAGCCGCCCCACGUGUAACUGUCUCUACAACCGGCUGCACCAGCGGCUGCUGGCCAGCCCAGCCCGGCCUGGGAUGCUGUGUGGGGGUGCCCAGCCUGGGGUGCAGGGGCCCUGUCAGGGAGAUUCUGGGGGCCCUGUGCUGUGCCGCGAGCCUGAUGGACACUGGGUUCAGGCUGGGAUCAUCAGCUUCGCAUCAAACUGUGCCCAGGAAGACACUCCUGUGUUGCUGACCGACACGGCUGCUCACAGCUCCUGGCUGCAGGCCCGAGCUCAAGGGGCAGCCUUCCUGGCCCAGAACCCAGAGACGCUAGAGAUCAGUGAUGAGGAUAGCUGUGUAGCCUGUGGCUCCUUGAGGAGAGAAGGUCCCCAAGCAGGAGCUCCCUCCCAAUGGCCCUGGGAUGCCAGGCUGAUUCACCAAGGGAAGCUGGCUUGUGGCGGAGCCCUGAUAUCAGAGGUGGUGGUGCUGACUGCUGCCCACUGCUUCAUUGGGCGCCAGACCCCAGAGGAAUGGAGUGUAGGGCUGGGGUCUGGACCAGAGGAGUGGGGCCUGAAGCAACUCAUCCUGCAUGGGGCUUAUACCCACCCAGAGGGGGGCUAUGAUGUGGCCCUCCUGCUGCUGGCCCAGCCUGUGACACUGGGCCCCAGCCUGCGGCCCCUCUGCCUGCCCUACGCUGACCACCGCCUGCCUGAUGGGGAACGUGGCUGGGUCCUGGGGCUGGCCCAAGGAGCAGGUAUGUCAGACAGGACCACCAGCAGCUGUCCAUCUAGCCUAGAGGCCGCUGGGGCAGCUGGGUCUUUUCCUUUCCCUACAGGCACCAGCUCCCCUCAGGCAGUGCCUGUGACCCUCUUGGGGCCCAGGGCCUGCAGCCGGCUGCAUACAACCCUUGGGAGCCAUGGCAUCACCAUUCUGCCAGGGAUGGUGUGUACCAGUGUUGUGGGUGAGCCGCCCCACUGUGAGGGCCUAUCUGGGGCACCACUGGUGCAUGAGGUGAGGGGCACAUGGUUCCUGGCUGGGCUACACAGCUUUGGAGAUGCCUGUCAAGGCCCUGCAAGGCCUGCAGUCUUCGCGGCGCUCCCCGCCUAUGAGAAGUGGGUCAGCAGUUUGGACUGGCAGGUCUACUUCGCUGAGGAGCCGGAGCCAGAGGCUGACACUGGAAGCUGCCUGGCCAACAGGAGUAUGUGGCCCUGGGACCUCCCUGCCAACACUUCCCUCUCCAGACCCCUUCUCUCUCAAUCUAGGAAAAGACCUGUUCUGACCCACCUGUAGGUGCCCUGGGUGGGGUCAGCAGUGGACAGACCCAUUUGGAUUCAAAUUCUGGUUGUUUGUCAUUGUGUGACUUAGAGCAGGUCUCUCAGCCUCUUCGAACCUCAAUUUUCUCAUCUGUCAUAGGGGAUAAGUAACACCUCCGUCCUCUUCCUUCAAGGGAGGGAGGAAGGUUGUGAGGAUGAGACCAACCCUAUACCUCCUUCCUCUCGCUGACAGGCCAACCAGCUGGCUGUUGACAGGUGGCUCUGGGAUGCUGCAAACACAGUGAGGCAAUUCCUGCAUCACUGCCCCUUGCCCUCUCCCAGUCCCCCCACCCACAUGAUCCUAGGCACUUGGGGCAGGCCCAACAGCCCAGGGGGCUCUGGGAAGGAGCUUGCCUGGACCGGCAGCUGCCCCCACUCCCCACCCUGCAGGACAGGGAGAUGUCACCUGUGGAAGAUCCCCGACACCCAGCUCUGCUGUCCAAUGCAGGCGUCCCCAGCUUUCCGUAUUCUUCAUCCCCUCGGAUACAAUCACACCAGCCAUGAACUUUGAAAAUUUCUCUUUUUGGGGGGAGCAAUUUUCCUUUUUUCCAAAACUUAAAUAAAUUGUUACAAAAUAGA